AUGGCACCAGGGAGGCUCGAAGGAAAAGUUGCCAUUGUGACUGGGGCAGCAUCUGGCUUUGGUAAAGGCAUUGCCACCAAGUUCGUCCAUGAAGGGGCCAAGGUCAUUAUUGCGGACCUUUCUGCUGCAUCUGCCGAAGCGGUGGCGAAGGAGUUGGGAUGUCAAUUCUCCGUCGCCGAUGUGACCCAAAGGGAACAUUGGCAAGGUCUUCUCAAGACUGCUUUGGAUCACUUCGGAGGUCUUGAUAUUAUCAUCAACAAUGCAGGAGCAACCUAUGCCAAUAAGCCCACCGCCGAAGUCACUGAUAAAGACUUCGAUCUUGUGAUGGACGUAAACGUAAAGUCGAUAUACCUUUCGACGAAUGUCAUCCUUCCAUACUUUCUUGAAAAUAAAAGACCGGGGGUGUUUGUUCAAGUCGCAUCAACAGCGGGUAUCCGACCUCGACCUGGUCUUACCUGGUACAACGCCUCCAAAGCGGCCGUCAGCAACGCCACGAAAACCAUGGCGGUCGAAUACGGGCCUCAAAAGAUUCGAUUCAAUGCUGUCUGUCCGGUGGUGGGGAGCACCGGCAUGACUCAUUUGUUCCUCGGAAAGCCAGACACGGAGGAAAAUCGGGCUGCUUUUGUUUCCACGAUUCCCCUCGGCCGAGGAAGUACUCCUGUGGAUGUCGCAAAUGCUUGUUGUUAUCUGGCAAGUGAUGAGGCCGAAUUCAUUACCGGUGUCAAUCUAGAGGUUGAUGGAGGUCGUUGUGUGUAG